AUGGUACUAACUCGAAGCGGUUUAGAUUUGUCAAAACGAAGCUACUAUCAAGUAAUACCUGAUCAAAAAGAAGAAGAAAAACUGGCUCAUUCAAGUAUGUCAAACUCAAAAAUUAAUAUGACUGAUUUGUACAAUGCAAACGUAUCAUCUCAAUCAACUAAAUCGGAUUUAUCAACAGCCACUAUUGAUUCCUCAUCUCUCAUUUCUACUGAUGCAAAAGAAACCAAAAUUAUUACAUUACCAGAACUCGAUACUCACACAUCAGAUACUGUGACUGUUCCACCACAAACUCUAUCGACAUAUCACUUAAUGAAUAACAAUGAAGAUAAAGAAUUAGCUAGAAUUCCUUACUAUAAUGGAAAAACUAAUAUAUACGCAUGGCUGACGGCUAUCAAAAGUGUCUUUAUUGAUUUAAAAUAUGAUGAAAGUAGUUGGGCAAAUAAAGCUAAAUAUUAUGUAUUAGAUCAUGCUGCCCAGUUUGUUUAUGUUAACGAUGAUCAAAUGACCAACUGGAAAUCCUUUCAAAAAUUAAUGAUCGAUCAAUAUUCAUCAAUAACAACUACACAAGAUUUAACGGAUCCACUUGUCAAUACAUUAGUUAGUUCCUGCAUGACACCACAACAAUAUACAUCUUCAUCGGAUUCUCUAGCGAUGAAAGCACAUCAUGCAUUAGUUUUAGAAGAUUUCAAAACAUUACCAAAAUUUUCGGGUGAAACAUCACAAUCAAUUAGUACAUGGCUUGAAGAAAUUGAAGUAAUAUACAAUAAAGCAUUUAUUACUGACAUUGAUAAAUGUCAUCGUACAUUGAAAUUAUUAUUAAAUGUUGAUGAGAAAUGGUUGGAAUUUAUUCGUCGUCAAAAAUUGGAAUGGAAUGAACUUAAACAGAAGUUAAUAAGUCGAUUCGAAGGCAAGAAGGAUUCGUCACGUAUACAAAGGGAAGAUGAUAUUCGAAAUAGACGUUAUCAUGGUAAUGAAUCUAUGCACCAUUACUAUUCUGAUAUUAUGAGAAAAUGUGACUUAUUGGAGGAAGAAUAUCCAGUCUCAGAUCGUCAUCGUAGUGAUUAUAUAAUUCGUGGUUUACCAAAUAGCAUUCAAGAUCAAUUAUUAAUUCGAGAAUUUGCAACACCGAAAGAAUUAUUGGAAGUUUUACAAAAAAUUGAAGAAGGUCGCAAACGAGUACAUUUUGAAGAACAUGUUAUUAGUAUAGAUGAGAAUGCUUCUUCAUCAACAAUAAAAUCGAAUACAUGUAUUGCACAACAACCAGUGCCGUAUAACAAUAAUAUGUUUUAUACCAAUCAACCUCAAAAUCAUCCUCCACCAUCACACUAUUACAAUGCAAACAAUUUUGUGCCACCACAUUCUGUACCCAAUUAUUAUCAACAACAUCCUCAACAGCAUCGAUCGAUUCAAUGUUAUACAUGCGGGAAAUUUGGACAUAAAGCGACAAAUUGUUUCAAAUCAAAACAACGUUUAAACUAA